AUGUCAAACAUAACUGCAGUUAUUCGACAUUCCGGGUUUUGGAACGCUGAGAAUUGUUUUGUGAAUUACACAAUAGAUGCAAUCGUUUUCAAAGAUUAUGCCUCAUAUGAUGAUUUGGUUGCUGCAAUGGCAAAUCAGGUGCGAAUAGAUACAACUAUAAAAACCAUCAAUAUCAGAUACAUGAUGGAGGGUGAUUCUAUGCCUCUUGAAAUACACAAUGACAUGUGUGUCAGGGUGUAUGUUGAACUGAUAAAAGAGAAUAAGCUGUUCGGGAUCUACACCAUUAGGUGUAUUUCAGAACAAUGUGUGUGGAAAUUAAAGGCUUCAAGUAUUAACAGAUCAACAAUGUUCAAAAUCAAAGAGUUUGUGGACAAACACACUUGUCCGUUGAAGGAUAAGGGGUAUUCUUGUAAUCAAGCAAGUAGUGGUUUUGUAGUAGACAUUAUUAAACCAAAAAUAACAAAUUAUAAGAGGAAGUACACGCCAAGGGAUAUAAUAGAUGAUGUGAUAAAUGAAUUUGGUGUGGAAGUUUCCUAUAUGAAGGCUUAUCGUGCUAAAGAAAGGGUUGUGACGGAGUUGAGGGGGGAUCCAGCUGAUUCAUACAAGAAAUUACCUGGAUAUGUUUACAUUUUGGAUAAAACGUACCUAGGUUCUUAUAUAAGAAUGCUCAAGAAUACUGGGAAUGAGUUCUUGUAUCUGUUUGUUGCACUGUAUGCCUUUAUAAAAGGGUUCGACAAUUGUCGUCCCACCAUAGUUGUAGAUGGCAGCCAUCUCAAAUCAGAAUACAAUGGGACAUUUGGUUCGGCAAGUACUUUGGAUGGUACAGGUAUUCUAAAAAUACAGUUUCUGAUUAUUUGUUUGAGGGAAUCAUAUGGGAUACGGGAGAACAUGUGUAUUGUGUCUGAUAGACAUGAAAGCAUCAUCAAGGCUGCAUCUAGAAUUUAUCCUGGUGUUCCUCAUUUUGCGUGCAUAUGGCAUCUUUGGAAGAAUGUAUAUAGUAGAUAUAGGAAAAGUCACGAGAUGUUGAGUGGAGUGUUCUAUUCAAUGGCAAACGCAUACACGCAAGAAGAGUUUGGUAUGUUAAUGGAAAAGGUUGAGAAGGUGGAUAUUCGUGUGAAGGAAUACUUGGAUUUGGCUGGAAGGGAAAAGUGGGCUAGGCUUUAUGCUCCAGUUAACAGAGCAUGGACUAUGACAUCAAAUAUUGCUGAGUCUAUCAAUUCAACAAUCGUGCAAGCAAGAGAAUUGCCAAUCUAUGAUUUCCUUGAAGAAGUAAUACUAGCAACUGAAUACUUGCAUACCGUAAUUGAUGAUGGACGACGUUUCAUAGUUUAUCUUGAGAAGAAAACUUGCACUUGUAAAGAGUUUCAAAUAGAGGAGAUGCCAUGCCCACAUGCUCGGGUUGUUCUUAAAAGUAAGAAUCUAACAGCAGACAACUACUGUUCAAACUUAUAUAAACCGGAGACUGUUGUGAAGACUUAUGAUGUCCCAGUGUAUCCUCUGCCCGAUAAGAGUGUGUGGAAAAUACCUGCAUCCAUCUCUGAAGAUAUAGUUCUGCACCGAGAUAUAAGAGACCUCCCGGAAGGCCAAAGAAGAAAUGCGAUAAGCCUUUAA